AUGGGCUUCAGUUCGCGACUCUCAGUGAGCCUCAAGUCCAUAGCCCAGAGUUAUGACUUCUCUGCUGGGCUUCUUAUCCCAGGUGCGAUGAUAAUUACCUUCUUGGUGUGGCGAUUCUUGAUCUGGUUCAAACUACGCCACAUACCGGGCCCAUUCUUGGCCACUCUGAGCAACUUUACGCGAAUGGCAUGGGUCAAAACGAAGAAGGCACACUUAAUUCACCAGAAGGCCCACCAGCAAUAUGGUGAUUUGGUGAGGUUGGGGCCAAAUAUGGUGUCGAGCAGUGAUCCGGGGGCAAUUCCAACCAUCUACCCUAUGAGAAAGGGUUUUGUCAAGAAGCUAAUCUUCCUACUUUUCUCUGCUGUGAAGAGUGAUUUCUAUGCUCCUCUCCGGCCUUACACAAAGACCGGGGGUGCUAUUCCCAAUGUAUUCACGGCGUUAGACGAGGACCUCCACAUGAAGCUGAAAUACCCCGUUGCCCAGCUCUUCUCCUUGUCAAAUGUAGUGAUCUUUGAAUCCCUCGUCGACGAAGUGCUCCAUGUUUUCUCUGAACAACUGGAUCGGCGUUUCUCAACCGACGGUGAGGUCUUUGAUUUGACCGAGUGGCUCCAAUUUUUUGCUUUCGAUGUCAUGGGAACAAUGACAUUUUCCAAAAGAUACGGGUUUCUGGAACAGGGGAAGGAUGUUGGCGGAAUGCUCAGUACCAUCUCUCAUUUCAUGACACAGGCUGCCCCGAUGAUGCAAAUUCCAUGGCUGGACAAAGUAUUAUAUAAAAAUCGACUAGCCGCCACCUUGCGACCGACACCAGGAACCAAUAUUAUGAAGUUCGUCGGACAGACCAUCAAUGAGAGACAGACGCUAGCCAAGGAGAGUGAAUCCAUCAGCACAACGUCUCUUACCAGUAAGACAAGUGAGAAGGGCGAUUUCCUAGACAAAUAUAUCGAGCUACAGCAGCGCAGUCCAAAAGUUCCCCCUUGGUUUGUUACCGCAUGGACAAUCUCCAACGUCCUGGCCGGCUCCGACUCUGUCGGCACGGUCAUGAAAACCACCAUGUACAAUCUUCUAGCCAGCUCUCGCACCCUUGAAAAUCUACGCGGCGAACUCCUUGCGGCGAAUGUCUCGCGCCCCUAUCCACGUUGGAGCGAAGUCAGCGGACUGCCAUACCUAGAUGCGUGUGUUCAGGAGGCCCUUCGUGUCCACCCUCCCUUUGCUAUGCCAUUCGAGCGUAUAGUCCCUGAGGGAGGAAUCUUCAUUUCUGGACAGUAUCUUCCGGCCGGCACUAUCGUAGGGGCGAGUCCAUACGUGGUGAACCGACAUGUUCCCACGUAUGGUCCCGACGCAGAGAUAUGGAGGCCGGAAAGGUGGCUAGAGGGUCCCCCAGCCCUACGGAAAAUGCGAGAAGAUGCGUUGCUGACAUUUGGCGCGGGACGCCGUAUCUGCUUGGGCAAGCACAUUGGAAUCUUUGAGAUCAAGAAACUGAUUCCAUUCCUCGUGCUCAAUUAUGAUUUUACCAUGGUCAAUCCUGAGGCCUUCUCUGUGGAGAAUGAAUGGUUUUUCCGACAAACCAAUCUUUAUACCCAAAUCAAGAAACGUCAUCUGUAG